CAUUCUUACUUUGAUGGUCUACUAACACAGUCGUAUAUAAAAUAUAUCAGUAUCAUCUGUAUAUAGAAAGCCAUAAGCGAUCACAAAGUUAGCCGUCUAGUUCCAUAGCUAUAGUUCCAUUAAGCUACGAGUCGCGAGUUGUCUGACCGUCUGAGUAAUAUCGCGGGUCGCGGCUGGCUGGCGUAUGUGACUGCGGUUAUUGUAAAAAUGUCGUCGUCGUUGAUAAUUGUGUAGACGUAAAUAAAAACUCGUAAUAUGUCUGAUCGGGUCGGCAGUCGCGUGGGAGCAUCACCAGAGAACGCUGGUAAUUUUAUUUUAUCAUCCUCACCUGAAUGUCUGAAGCCGUCUUGUGCCAUUUGCAACAAAUCAGAUAAAUUGCAACGGUGCUCUAGGUGUAAAAAUAUUUUUUAUUGUUCAAAAGAUCAUCAGAAAUCCGACUGGCGAAAGCACAAAGUUGAUUGUGUUAAUGGUUCAUCCUCGUCGUCUACAUCAUCCUCGCGUUUGUCACCUACACAGUCCCUGGUUACAGAUGAUGCUGUAGUUGGCUUUUGUGAAAGAGAUAAUCGUAGUAAAGUUGAACCUUCAUUGAGCCACGGAUCAUUUAAUCCUCUGACAAGCACUGGAGCAUUGGCUAACCUAAAUAGCAAUAACGAGGUUUUGUCACGGUUACAACGACGUCAAGAACCAGAGGAAACGUCAGCAGUUUAUGUGGAAGAAAAAAAUGAUAAAUGUACUCGUGAGUUAGAUAAUUUAAAAGGAGGUAACGUUGGAUCGGAACAACAACGCAGUGAAAAUAUUUCCCCAGUAAAAAGAAAAUUAAAAUCUAAUGGAAGUUCACCGGAAGAAAAAGAUCGUAAGGAUGUUAAAAGUUUACCGGGAAAUUUAGAUGAACAUAUAUUGAGUGCUACUGCUAAAUUAAUGAAUCGUAUUCCAUCGGUUAAAAUUUCAAAUCCAAGUGAAAAAAUAGACGGUGUUGUUUCUGAUACGUCAUUGCAGCACGACGCAAUGAAGAACUUUCCGGAAGUUGUGUUGAGAAGAGAUCUAGAUUUUAUUUCACCUUUUGUGUGCAGGGAUCGCAGUAAUGGCGACAGUACUCUCGAAGGAAUCUGUAAAAAUGUUAUUAGGGACAUGAAUUUAUAUGGAGUUUGUGUUGUCGACGGGUUUCUCGGUCGUGAAAAGGGACUUUUGGUAUUGUCGGAAGUAUUGAGCAUGUACGAUUCUGGUAUGUUUCAAGCCGGGCAACUGGUGUCUAACAAAGCUAGUCUUAGAAAUUCACAGUCAAUUAGAGGUGAUAAGAUACUAUGGAUUGAUGGGAAGGAAAAGGAGUGUAAAAAUAUUGGCAUGCUUAUUUCACAAGUCGAUGCUAUUAUUGUAAAAGCGAAUAAAAUGCAUUCAAAUGGUGUUUUGUCAAACUACACCAUCAAUGGUAGAACUAAGGCAAUGUUGGCAUGUUAUCCUGGCGAUGGUUCUCAUUAUGUUAAACAUGUAGAUAAUCCAAAUAGUGAUGGCAGAUGUAUUACCGCUAUUUAUUACCUCAACGUUAAUUGGAAUACUAUUGAAAAUGGAGGAUUGUUGAGAAUAUUUCCUGAAGGUUGGAAAGAUCAAGUGGCAAACAUCGAACCGCUUUUCGACAGAAUUAUUUUCUUCUGGUCGGACAGAAGAAAUCCACAUGAGGUACAGCCUGCAUAUAAAACUAGAUACGCUAUAACUCUAUGGUAUUUCGAUGCCGCGGAACGAUCCCGAGCUUGUCAGAAAUAUGAAAAAGAAAAGGAUAAACGGAACCCCUUAAGUUAAUUUUUAAAAAUAUAAAUAUGUGAUGCCGUUUGUAAUUAAUUACUUUACAAUACUAUAAUAAUUAUUUUGUUGUGAUUAAGGUAAAAUAUCUACAGUCGAACUCCAUUAACUCGGAUUCCAUUAUCUCGGAACUUCCCCUGAAUCUUGACCCCCAUCACGAGCUACGCUCUCCCACCCAAUGCUAUGUCUGUGUAUAUUUUUAUAUGCAUCCUACAUGUGAUGUAAGAGCACAUGCGUUGUAGUUUCUUUUUUAAGGGAGAAGGGGCAUUCGAUAACUCGGAAAUUCAAAGAAAUUUCCGCUCCUCCGUAGACUAACUAUCCGAGUUAAUGGAGUUCGACUUUAUUACCCGAUCAGAGAGCUAGUACCCGAUCACUUCAUAUAUUUGUAUAUCUAUAGUUAGUAAAAUUUGGUAAAUAUUGAUAUAGAAAUACAUGGUGAUCGGGUACUAGUUCCCUGAUCGGGUACUGGGUCUCUUACCUUUUUUAAUACUAAUAGGAAAUUACUCUUCCACUCAAAUAAUCGAAAAAAAAAAAAUUAAAUUGAAUAA